AUGGUGUCAUUCAAUGUGAAUAUAGAUGAAAAUGAAAGGUUGAAGAGAAUGAUUGAAGAGGAGACGAUUCUUGUAGAUGUUGAAGAGAACCUUGCUUCUACAUCAAGAUUAAAUAAACAACAACAAUUUGCAUAUGAUAUGAUUAUGGAAAGAGUAGAAUCAGAAUCAAGUAGUGCUUUCUUCAUUGACGGUCUAGGUGGGGCAAGGGAAACUUUUUUAUAUAAAUCACUUCUCGCUGGUGUAAGGUCACAAAAUUUAAUUGCUUUAGUAGUAGCAUCAUCUGGAGUAUCUGCAUUUUUAUUACAUGGAGGUCGAAUCGCUCAUUCAAGAUUUAAAAUUCCUUUAGAAAUAAUUGGUGAAAUCAGUUGUUCUGUUAGUGAUAAAUGCGGGUUUAUUGCGCUUAUUCGGACCAUUAAACUUAGAUAUUUGCGAGUGAAAACUUGA